AUGCAAUCCGCCGUCUUUCGCAAAGCCGGCCUCCGCGUGGCUGGCCGCGCCGUCCAGACUCGCUCCGUGGCCUCGAUGGCCUCGUUCAAGUCGCCCGCCGUCUACAACGAGCCCAACCACCACUAUGCCAAGGGCUCUGCCCAGCGUGCCGGUCUGACGGCCGCGCUCGAGAAGAUGCAAAAGUCGCUGCCAUUGGACGUUCCUGUCGUCGUCAACGGCAAGGAGAUCCGAUCGUCCUCCAUCUCCACCCAGCACAACCCCUCCGAGCACGCCAGCGUCGUGGCCAACUACCACACGGCCACCAACGCCGACGUCAACAAGGCCAUCGAGGCCGCCCUCGCCGCCAAGCCCGCCUGGGAGAACCUCCCCUUUGCCGACCGCGCCGCCAUCUUCCUCAAGGCCGCCGACCUCAUCGCCAACAAGUACCGCUACGACAUCAUGGCGGCCACCAUGCUCGGCCAGGGCAAGAACGCCUGGCAGGCCGAGAUUGACGCCGCCGCCGAGCUGGUCGACUUCUUCCGCUUCUCCGUCCACUACGCCAACGAGCUCUACAACGAGCAGCCCGUCCACAACUCCAACGGUGUCUGGAACCGCCUCGAGUACCGCCCGCUCGAGGGCUUCGUCUACGCCGUGUCUCCCUUCAACUUUACCGCCAUCUCCGGUAACCUGGUUGGCACCCCGGCCUUGAUGGGCAACGUUGUCCUGUGGAAGCCCUCUGACUCGGCCAUUGCCUCCAACUGGCUCGUCUACCAGAUCCUGCUCGAGGCCGGCCUCCCCAAGGACGUUGUCCAGUUCAUUCCCGGUAACCCAGUGGAGAUUACCAAGACUGUUCUCGCCCACAAGGAGUUUGCCUCUCUGCACUACACCGGUUCCACCGCCGUUUUCCGCAAGCUGUACGGCGCCAUUGGCCAAGGCGUUGCCGAGGGCCGCUACCGCUCGUACCCCCGCAUCGUUGGUGAGACUGGCGGCAAGAACUUCCACCUUGUCCACCAGACCGCCGAUGUCCACAACGCCGCCAUCCAGACUGUCCGUGGCGCCUUCGAGUACCAGGGCCAAAAGUGCUCGGCCACCUCGCGCCUGUAUGUUGCCAGGUCCAUCUGGCCCGAGUUCAAGAAGACUCUUGUCGCGGAGACGGAGAAGCUCAAGCAGGGCGGUCCCGAGGACCACACCAACUUUGUCGGUCCCGUCAUCCACGAGGCCUCGUUCAAGAAGCUCUCUGGUGCCAUUGACCAGGCCAAGACGGACAAGGAGCUCACGCUCCUCGCCGGUGGCUCCUACGACAAGUCCAAGGGCUACUUUGUCAAGCCCACCAUCUACCAGACCACCAACCCCACCCACAGCUUCCUCAAGACGGAGUUCUUUGGUCCCAUCAUCACCGCCUACGUCUACGACGAUGCCGCCCCCGAUGCGCUGGCCAAGGUCUGCGAGCUCGUCGACACGACGACCGAGUACGGUCUGACGGGUUCCAUCUUUGCCGCCGACCGGACCGUUAUCCGCGACGUCGAGGAGAAGCUGCGCAAUGCCGCUGGCAACUUUUACGUCAACUGCAAGAGCACUGGUGCCGUGGUUGGCCAGCAGGCGUUUGGUGGUGCCCGUGCCUCGGGUACCGACGACAAGGCCGGCAGCAGCCACAUCAUCACCCGCUUCACCAACAUUCGCAUCAUCAAGGAGGAGUUCAACGCCACCACCCAGGUCGAGUACCCCUCGAACCAGGCGUAG